GUGGUGUUUGUUUGGUUAGGUUGACGAUUAAUUAUUUACAAUUACAACAACUAUUGAAUGGGAAUAUCAACUGUAAAAGAAGAUAUUAAUCAGAUUUUUAUUAUUAGUGUUAGUUUACAUACAAUACAUCCAAUAUGAAUGUAGUGCAAGCUGUUAAAAUGUAUAUAACAAAGAUGACUGAAGAAAGUGGCCCAGGGAUGAAAUUACUACUAAUGGAUAAACAUACGACCAGUAUUGUGAGUAUGGUGUACAGUCAGUCGGAAAUCCUGCAAAAAGAAGUUUAUUUGUUUCAAAGACUCGACUCUGGAGGAAUAUUGGAACCUAUGAAGCACCUGAAGUGUAUUGCGUUUCUGAGACCUACCAAAGAAAAUGUGUCUUUGUUGUGUCGAGAGCUGAAGUAUCCUAAAUAUGGAGUCUAUUAUAUAUAUUUCAGCAAUAUAAUCGCUAAAGCUGAUGUCAAGAUGCUGGCAGAGUCGGAUGAGCACGAGGUGGUCCGAGAAGUUCAGGAGUUUUACGGAGAUUAUCUGGCAAUUAGUCCUCACCUGUUCUCUUUAAACAUUCCGUCCUGUGCUCAAGGGCUGGCGUGGGACCCAAUACAGCUGGCUAGAUGUACCCAGGGAAUAUCAGCUGUUUUGUUGUCACUUAAGAAGUGUCCUUUCAUACGCUACCAGCAAUCUUCAGAUAUGGCCAAGCGACUCGCUGAAAAGAUAAGGGAGGUGAUAUCCAAAGAGGAGAAGCUGUUUGAUUAUCGACCAUCUGACCCAGCCCCUCUCUUGCUGAUCUUGGACAGAAGAGACGACCCUAUCACUCCUCUAUUGAGUCAGUGGACCUACCAAGCAAUGGUGCACGAACUGCUUACUAUCAGCAACAACCGAGUCAACCUGAGCCAUGUCCCCGGCAUCUCUAAGGAACUGAAGGAAGUUGUACUGUCUGCCGAACAUGACGACUUCUAUGCUAACAACUUGUAUUUGAACUAUGGUGAGAUCGGCCAAACUGUGAAACAGCUGAUGGACGAAUUUACGAGGAAAGCCAAAAGUCAUCAAAAGGUUGAGAGCAUCGCAGACAUGAAGGCUUUUGUAGAGAAUUACCCUCAGUUUAAGAAAAUGUCGGGGACUGUAUCCAAACAUGUGGCAGUGAUCAGUGAACUGUCAUCUUUGGUCGCCAAACGCAACCUGCUCGAGGUGUCGGAGAUGGAACAAGAGCUGGCUUGUCAAAACCAGCAUUCUCAGCAACUUCAGAAGUUGAGGUCGUUGCUGGGCAGCAGCAAGGUUAGAGAUGAAGAGGCCCUCAGACUGGUGAUGUUGUACGCUCUGAGAUACAAGAAACAUUCCAACAAUGACAUCACUGGCCUGGUGGACGCUCUAAAGAGGAGAGGACUCAGCGAAGACAUGAUAAAGAUGGUGUUUAAUAUUAUUGAAUACGGAAGCUCGCAAGAUUCUGCAGCAGAGAAUAUAAUGUCUCAAGAGUCUGUUGUGAAAAUCACCAAGAGACUGUUUAAGGACCUGAAAGGUGUAGAGAAUGUUUACACCCAACAUGUUCCUCUAGUCAGGGAAACCCUGGAGGAUCUCAUCAGAGGGAGACUCAAAGAGUCUUCGUAUCCGUUCCUGGGGAACUCCGCUCCUGGCCGCAGAGUGCAGGACGUGAUAGUGUUUGUGGUGGGAGGUGUGACCUACGAGGAGUCCCUGGCGGUUUGUCAACUCAACCGCAGCACUACGAUGGGGGGGGCUCGUGUAGUCCUGGGAGGUUCCACCAUUCACAACACGGAGAGUUUCCUAGCGGAGGUACGAGCUGCUACCCUGGGUCUACCAGCCACGUCUCGCAGUCACCGCUACUCUCGCAACUAAAGUGGUAGAAUAUCCGAUACUUCUACCUAGCUACUUUAAUAGUAUUAAGUUAUAUUUAUGUGCAAUUAUGUCUGGUAUUAACUGUAAAUAAAAUCUGCAUCCUAUUUAUGUAUUAUGUAUGUUUAUUGAUGUUUUGUAUAAUUUUGUAAUUAUCUGUUAUAAAUGUUUAUCUAA